AUGUCCAACAUGAGCGCAGCAGUAAUCACGAGUCCCGAUACUGAGCAUGAAGCACAAGAUAAAGCAGCAGACGAGGCUCGAGAAGCAAGCAACGGCAGCAGUGAUAAUGACUCUUCUCCGUCGGAAACACGGCAGCAUAAGACGAUGAUGAUGACAGGCGACAAGGAUGAUGAUGAUAAGAGUAUAGCAUCAGUUUCACCUUCAACAAGUGGUCGAGUAACCCAUGUUAGACAACUCUUUGUUGGAAAUCUUCCAUUUCGAGUACGAUGGCAAGAUGUGAAGGACUUGUUUCGAAAGGCAGGCAAUGUGACUCGAGCCGAUGUUGCAUUGACGGUGGAUAAUCGGUCCAAGGGACAUGGCACAGUACUCUUUGCUACUGUAGAGGAUGCACAAAAAGCAAUAGACAUGUUGCACAAUUACAAGUGGCAGGGCCGUGUGUUGGAAGUCCGAGAAGAUCGUGGUUUUAUCGAACCAGCACAACGACAUCAUCAUCAUCAUCAUCACCACCAUUUACCAUUCCAUCCACCACCACCAUCAGCCUUUCCUACCAAUGGACAUCAUCAUCAUCAUCCAAAUACUGCAUUAUUAAUGAAUGGAUCGGGUCCUAUGGGAGGCCCACCUGAGGUUAUUGGAGGUCGACAACUCUUUGUUGGCAAUCUACCAUUUCAAUGUCAAUGGCAAGAUGUCAAGGAUCUCUUUAGAAACGCAGGAAAUAUCUUGAGAGCGGAUGUUGUGCAAGAUCAGGAUGGCCGUAGCCGAGGAUUUGGUACAGUGCUUUAUGCAACACACGAAGAUGCAAAGAAAGCUAUAGCCAUGUAUAAUGGUUUUGAGUUUCGUGGACGUCAACUUCGUGUACAUUUCGACAAGUUCGCACCAGGCCCUGCAUUAAUCCAUCAUCAUCGACCACCACCACCACCGCAUAUUUCUUCUGCUUAUGGAUUACCAAUGCAUCCACCUCAUCCAUCCAUGUUUGAUGAUUUCAGUCAACCACCUCCUUAUUUGCCACAUUUGCCGCUUGCUCAAUAUCCAAUUCCAUUUGGAUCGAUGGAUUUUUCACAAGCUGGUUUACCAUUACAGCCGCCACCAGCAUCAUUGCAUAUGCCCCCGCCACCACCACUACCGCAACAACAACAACAACCCCAUCCUAUGCCUCCGUUCCCUAAUACGAUGAUGGAUCCAACCGAUCAACCAUUCACAGCAUUUCCAUGUGAUGAUCCUGCAUUAUUGUUGCGACAAUUUACCGGCUCACCAAGAACGUUGGCAUCUCAACAACAACAACACAAUCACGUGAACGAUCUUGAUACAUUCUAUCAUCAUCAUCAUCAUCCGCCACCAUCAUCCCAUCAUGACUACCUCGUUCAAGAUCCUUUCCUUCAUCAAGGUGCAUUCCAUGAUGAAUCCUCCUCUUUUGUCGAUGAUACACAAAUGGCAAUGCUGGCUUCGAGUACAUUAGGUCCAAUUGGUAUAUCAUUUGCAGACGCACCUGUUAUUACAGGGGUAGCUACUACAACGAGCGAUCCAGGUUUUAUUGUCCCAUCCACUGAUAGAGAAACAUCGAGUUUAUUUGGAAUGACACCUACCUAUUCUCCUUGGAGUGGCAGUACUGGUGGAGGUCCAAUGCACCAGCAUCAAUUUGUACCCGAUUAUCGCAGUGGACCAGAGCCUACAACGGAUGAAAUGAGUGGAUCAAUGCUCUCAUCAUCAGCAUCACCACAACCAUCAAAGAGCCCUGAUGACCAACUUGUAGACGCUGUCAACGCCAUGAGCUUAACGGAUGGAUCAGCUGGCCUGACCUCGACAAAGAACAACAACAAGAAUGGAAAUCAUGUUGGCUUAACACCACCACCACCACCAACAACAACAUCCACUGCACCACCACACCCUCCACCACCACCUCCAAGCAAUCAUUUGUUAUCAUCAAGCAGUGUAUGGGAACCGUUGGGAGGAUUCAAAUAUUGA